AUGGACUCCCACACGGAGGAGCCAGGACUCCUGCCGUGUGAGACCUGUGACAUGGUUUUCCGCUCCUCAGCUCUGUUAGCCACCCACAUUCAGCGCUUCUGCAUCGGCCGCGUGGCCCAGGAGAUGACAUUUGGAGCACAGCCCUCAGCAGUCACUGAACCGCAGGGUGCCGUGGUGCAGUGGCUGCCGCUGUCCCUACAGAAAAAGCGCCCCUGGAGGACGGAAGUAUCUAGGGGGUCUGCAGGGCUCUGGAGACCAUCAGAGGCGCCGCCUCAGGGCCCCACCUCCGAGGCUGCAAAGAGCCCCAGCGAGCGGCUGCGGGCGCUGCAGGCGACUCGCGCGAGGCGCGUGGCAGAGACUGAAGCACAGAGCCGGGCCCUGGAGCGACGUAGCGAGGAGCUGAGCCGGUGCCUCCAAGAUAUGGCCCGGAGGCGGGCAUCCCGCCUGUUAGGCUUGGAGCGGGAGCUUCGAGAACUCCGGGCAGAGGCGGGGCGGACCCGAGGAGCUGUAGAGGUGUUACGGGAGCGCGUUCAAGAGCUACAACCGGAGCCAGGAGCCCGACUGAACUCCUGGCAAAAUGCAGAACUCUGGUUUCCGGUGCUCCAGGCCAAACCAGGCACUCUGGCUGCUGAAAUUGGGGCCUUGCGUGAGACCUAUGUUCGAGGAGGGGGUCGAGACCCGGGCGUACUGGGUCAGAUGUGGCAGUUGCAAGUGGAGGCAUCAGCACUGGAGCUGCAGCGGUCGCGGAAGCACAGGGGAAGGGCAGGUGCCCCAUCCGAGGAGCUGCUAAUAAUUGAGGCUGAAAAUCGGCGCCUGGAGGCAGAAAUCCUGGCCAUGCAGAUGCAGAGAGGCCCUGGCCGGGCGCCUUGGGGACCUGGGGAGCCGCAACUUCUGGCUGGUCCUAGGCUACGACAGAAGGGGAGGAGAGAUACCCCACUCCUGCCGCCACCAGUGGCGCCCCCACUCCCGCCGUUUCCAAGUUCCACAGAGCCACAGCUUCCUGGAAUAAUGACCGGGAAUCUGGACCUGGACCCACACUUUCUCCUGCCCGCCUCUGACGUACUGGGCCCUGCACCCUACGACCCUGGGGCUGGCCUGGUCAUCUUCUAUGACUUCCUUCGGGGUCUUGAAGCUUCUUGGACUUGGGUGCAGCUAAUGACUGGCUUAACACAAGAUGGCCAAUAUACAGGAAGGACCACAGCAUUGCCCCCCGCCCUUUGCUUGCCCCCACCUCCAGCUCCUGGGCCAAAGGGCAACUGUGCCAUCCUUGCCAACAGGCAGCCUGUGCCCAGGUUGCUACCCUCACCACUAGUAUCAUUGGUCUGUGAGCUACAGGCCUGGCAGGGACUGGCAUGGGCUAAGGCACCACAGCCAAAGGCUUGGGCCUCACUUGUGCUAUUUGAUCAAGCCCAGCGGGUGCUAAGUGGCCGCUGGCGCCUCCCACUUCGGACCCUUCCUGUGAACCCUAGCCUUAGCCUUGGACAGAUGAAUGGGAUUCCUCAGGCAGGUCAGGCUGAGCUUUUCCUGCGGCUGGUGAAUGCAAGAGAUGCAGUUGUCCAGACACUGGCAGACAUCAAUCCAACAAGUGCCCUUGAGUACCAAUACCCACCUCUGGUCUCCAGCUCUUCUUCACUGGAAACCAAUCCCCUCACCCCCACAGGGGGCUUUGCUGAUCCCCCACCUCCUGCAGAAGAACUCCUCAAUAGAGUCAAGGACAGAGACAAGGUUUUGUGAUCUCACUUCAACUUUGACCUGCCCCCAACGAACUGAACCCAGGCAAAUGUGGGUAUGAACAUGUGCAGGACUAGGGCCCAGAGUGGAGGCCCAUUCCCAGACUUGCGGCUUUACUACACAUUCUGACAUAUGGCCUGUAAGCAAAUGGUGAUUUAUGGGUACAGAAAUACAAGCUCCAGCCACAGGUUUACCACCCUGCCCAAGUACCUUCUUACCUGUUCUGCUUUUGUAGAGCAGAUUGAUGUUAAGAUUGAAGGAGUACAUCAGGUAUUUACGAUAUUGCCCCCCUAGCAUGUAUAAUUCUCUUAAAGGUGAUUGGGAGCAUUCUUUACUUCCAACUAAAGGACUUUUAGGUAAAGAA